ACAGAGAGAGAGAUAGGGAGACAGGACAGUGUUGGGCAGAGACAAAAAACUGAAAACGAAACUGAAAAGAAAGUGAAAAUUUGCCUAACGUGGACAAGUGCAAAAGAAAGGAGGAGAGGGGUGAGAUCCUUCAGACGUGAAACUGUUGAAUAUAGAAUGACGUUGCUGAGAGAAAUCAAUGUGGAAAACAACAAAAAAGCAACAGUAGCAGCACCACCAGCACGAGUAACUGUAAACUUAUCCUCAACAACAGCAACAGCAGCAGCAGAAGCAGCAGCAGGCGAAGGAACAGUAGCAGCAGGAGCUGCGAAAACAACAGAAGAAGCAACAGCAACAUCAAGAAGCUCACCACGCAAGCAGAGAUAAAGCGAAGAAGGUCAUCAAGCUGCAAAGCAAAGAAUAGGAAAGCGCCUGAAAGAAGAGUUAGAACUAGUGGGAAAAGGGCAACAGCCAGAACCGGAAGAAUCCCAAGGAAGCAGCAGAAGAUCAGCAACACACAAAUACAGCAAGCAGCACCACAUACACACACAACAACAACAACAACAAAAAAAACAAUUCAUCAUCUCACUUUGCCAUUUUAUUGGCCACUCUUUCACCGUUCCGUUCGAUUGUUGGUGCUGUUGCUGGGUCCUCCAUUGACUUUAAAUAGAAGAAGUUGUGCUCAACGCAUCUGAUUGCUGUUGCUGCAUUUGGCUAGCGGGGGUGGAAAGGGAAGCAAGAAAGAAGAACGCAAUGAAGCCAUCGGAUUUGUUGUUGGUGCUAGAGAAGGUCAAGUUCAGGGUGCCAUUGCCGCCUGGCGUUAGCUCGACGACGCUCCUACCGAAGCUCAUACGCACCAAGGAUGUGAGGCAGCUGCAGGACGGCAAUGCACAGCCACAGAAGCCCAAGCUGACGAAAUGUCUGAACACUUUGGACCUGACCUCGCUGGGCAUCGGCUCCUGCUGUGGCACUGGCAUGUAUCUGGUCGCCGGCAUGGUGGCCCAGAAGAUAGCCGGACCCGGUGUGAUUAUUAGUUUUAUUAUAGCCGCCAUAGCGAGUAUUUUCUCAGGCGCCUGCUAUGCGGAAUUUGGCGUUCGUGUGCCACACACAUCCGGCUCGGCCUAUAUGUAUUCAUAUGUGGCAGUUGGCGAAUUUGUAGCUUUUAUAAUUGGUUGGAACAUGAUAUUGGAAUAUCUAAUAGGAACAAGUGCCUGUGCCUGUGCUUUAAGUUCUAGCUUCGAUUCCCUGACUGGCAAUGCCAUUGCGCGCACGAUAAGCGAGUCCAUUGGCACAAUAUUCGGCAAACCACCGGACUUUAUAGCCUUUGGCAUAACGCUACUCAUGACCUGCGUAUUGGCGAUGGGCGCCAGCAAGUCGGUCAUCUUUAAUCAUUCCCUGAAUGCCGUCAAUCUGGCCACAUGGGUCUUUGUCAUGGCUGCCGGCCUUUUCUAUGUGGACACGAAGACGUGGUCGGAACAUCAGGGAUUCCUGCCCUAUGGCUGGAGUGGUGUAUUCUCUGGGGCCGCCACAUGCUUCUAUGCAUUUAUCGGAUUCGACAUAAUUGCAACAACCGGCGAGGAGGCGCAUAAUCCACAGAAGAGCAUACCGAAGGCCAUUGUGGGCUCCCUGGUUGUGGUUUUGAUUGCCUAUGUCAGCGUCAGUCUAGUCCUUACUUUAGUCGUGCCCUAUGAUCACAUCAACACGGGAGCGGCUCUGGUCCAGAUGUGGUCGUAUGUGAAUGCACCCAAGUGCCGUGCGGUGGUGGCGAUUGGGGCCACAGCUGGUCUGUCCGUGGCCAUGUUUGGCUCAAUGUUUCCGAUGCCGCGCGUCAUCUAUGCCAUGGCCCAGGAUGGCCUGAUUUUCAGACAACUCUCGCAGCUGUGGCAGCGCACCAAUGUGCCUGGUCUGGCCACCAUUGGCAGUGGACUGGCUGCGGCUUUGGUCGCCCUCACCAUACGCCUGGAGAUACUCGUUGAGAUGAUGUCCAUUGGCACCCUGCUGGCCUAUACCCUGGUCUCGACAUGUGUCCUGGUGCUGCGCUACCAGCCGCACAGCACCUCGUUGGUGGAACUGUUGCCCGCCCAGCUGCGUACCCCGGUGGCACCGGGCACCGUCAGCGAUUCGCAUGCAACGCCCGCCGAGGUGCUGGAGGUGCCCAAUAAGCUGACCAUCAAGCGGGUGACACGCGGCAUGUCCGAUUCGGAUGACUCCUUCAUCGAUGACAGCCCCGAGGGCUAUCUGGGCGGGCGGGACGAUCAGUUUCUGGUGUCGGAUCGCUCCGAGAAUAAGUUCUAUGGCAGCGUUCAUGGUGCACCCACCGGACCCACGGGCCAGGCGACCGCCUUCGACACGAUGGGCUUGAACUUUAUCACACGAAAGAUCCAUGACUAUGCGUACCUGUGCCCCGGCUUCUUUCCCUGGAUCAAUCCCGGCCAGGCCACCACCGACAGUGGCAUGUAUGUCACGAAACUAGUUGGAAUCAUGUUCGGCCUCAUAUUCUUCUUGGAUUUGUUCGCGGCCAUUGGGUGGUCCGGUGGCCUAGCCGUCUUCAUUUAUUUAAUUUUGUUUAUCGGCAUAUUUGUGAUAUUAUUGAUUAUAUCGAGACAACCGCAGAAUAGAUAUGCACUGGCCUUUCUAACGCCCGGACUACCCUUCAUACCAGCCAUUGCCAUCACCGUGAACAUCUAUCUGAUAUUCAAAUUAAGCAUCCUGACCCUGGUCCGGUUCACCGUCUGGAUGUCCCUCGGCCUUGUCAUGUACUUCUACUAUGGGAUCACGCACAGCAGCCUGGAGCAGGCCAGCGAUGAUCUCGAGCUGCAUGUGGACAAGGAUUAUAGCAAAAACGUGGAGGAGAAGGCCGUCUGGGAUCAGCAGUCGUAUAAUCAAACCCACGAGCCAGUCUGGGCCAGCAAGGAGGUGAAGCAGCCAUCAAAGCAACGCUACAACUAUGGAAAGUCUUCGUCGUCGUCUACUCAGAGCAGCUCCAGAAAUGCCCAAAGCAAUGCGGCGACAAAGCCGCCAGGCCGCAGCUCAACGGGCACACGGCCAGUGGCGCCAUUGCCGCACACAGGCGCUGGUCAGGCGAAGGGUUCGGGCAAGGGAACGGGAACGGGCACAGGAACGGGAACGGGAGGACCGCCCAUGGAGCGUCAAUAUACCGGGCAGUUUAGCAUGUUUGUGGAUGAGGGCCAGUUCCCGUCGUGGGAAGACUAAAUUGGAAUAUUCAAACCCCUCCUCACCCCGAACCCAUAGUUGUUUUCCCUUUUCCCAAUCCCCGCUCCUGGAUCCUCGGUUGAUAUCCCCUGAUGUGUCCAGCAGGACUGCUGAUCCCCAAAUCCCAAAUCCCACGUUUCGAAUCGGAUAGUCCUGGCAACAAAAAAACUGGGCCGCUCCUCAAGGCGUCGAUCUGUGAUCGUAGCCGUGUACGCUUGGGUGUCCAGAACGGAACCAGUCCCCCAGGUAGAGCUCACUCAACUUGUAUAUACAAUUAGAGAUGUUAAGUUUACCGGAAUAUGUACAUGUAUACGUAUACUCGUUACAUACAUACAUACAUGUUACGGUUAUGGGAAACGUGACGAGACGAGAGACGAGAGGAGACGAGCGAGCGUUUAGCGCUGACCGCCGUUAUACACUUAUACCAUUAUACAACAUUAGUAUAUACAGAUAUAUAUACAUAUACAUACAUACAUAUAUAUACCUAUGCAUAUACUAUUUACAAAACAUAGAUUGGUUAUUAGUGCAAAGUUAUCAAAAAUCCUGUGUAUCCUGUGUAUGCCAUAUACUACAUAUUCUACGUCCCCUCCCUUCCUUUUGUGCUCAGCUUCGAUUGGCGAGCGUUUUGGGUGACGCUGGUCAAUCGGCAUUCAGCACAAGGGACAACAAGGGACAACAAGAGGACACGACGACCCUGGGGGACACUGUACCCUGGAAACAGUAGGACGACAGAUGAAUAUUAUUGGGAAAAGUAAGCAAAAACUGUGUGUGUAAGAGUGCCGGGUGUGCACAACUGUACAUUUUAUACACUCAAUAUUCUCACACACACACACACACACACAUGAUAAUACAUGCAUACAUGCCUAAGCUUAUGGAAAGAGCGAUGGAUCAGUGAAGACUUUUUUUCCACCCCCACAAAAAGAUAUGCGCUGACCGAAAGGAACUUUGCAUUAAGCUUAGGAUCCACACACAGACACAGGGAACACAUCCAAAACACUUAUAGAGACACACACACAUGGACACACAACUCUUAUGUAUUUAUGAUUGUAUUGUUGUUCAAAUAUUUAUGCUACCUGCUAUGCUAUGCAUUUUAUAUAACAUUUUGAAAUUUGACCUUUUUGAUGUAUUUAUGUAUGAAUACAGUUACUACUCUCUCUCCCCUCUCCAAGCCACCUCCCCCCAUCUCAAUCUAUCCACAAUUUUAUUGUUUCCUGAUUCUAGAGGCUCGCGCUAAGCUAAACCACACAUUUUAAAGCGGCAUUUCGCAUUUGUUGUAAUUCAAUAAUUCAUUUUUCUUAACAAAUACCAAACAAGAAAACAAAACAAAAAAAAAAACAAAUUACCGAAGGAAAAG